AUGCGACCUCCACGUCUUCUCCUUGUUAUUUUCUGUCUUAUCUUCUUCCCCAUCUUCCUCACCUUCUUUUCCGCCCUCUCUUCGUCACAUGUUGCCACUCCCAAGACGCUCGCUGAUGACAACUCGACUUUCUUCCUGGCCCGCCCUGCAGCUUUUGGCCCGCUCUUGCCGGGCAAGGGUUUAAGCGGCCAGCUCUGGGUGGGCAGCGGAUUUAGUGAAGGAGGACUUGCCGCAGGCGUUGAAGGAGAACUCGGAUGUUCCGAUAUUCCAGGCUGGGGCGAAGGGGCGGGUCACAAACCACAGGACGCGGCUUCUAGGGGUACAGAGCAGAAGUCCGGCAAGUCCGGAAGUAGUACAUUGAACGAGGGAGCCGUGACACAGAUUCACCCUCGAUUGCCAUUGCAGGCCGAUGCCGCGCGACAGACAGAUCGAAGCGAUGGUCCAAUGGCACCUUUAUCGAAUGACGGUACUGACGAUCAUUUACACCAUCCGCUCUCCGAGUCCAGUGCUGCCGAGAACGGUAUGACCCAAAAAUAUGGCGAUUACGUUCAAGUUAAACAUUCGACGCAUGCCGAUAUCCAGUCACUUCAAGAAACGGCCGAAAUCCAGGGCAAGGUCGUUUUACUGAGUCGUGGUGGUUGUGGGUUCCUCGAGAAGGUGAAAUGGGCUCAGCGCCGAGGAGCCAUGGCGUUGAUCGUUGGCGAUGACACUCGUGGCGGAAACUUGGUCACCAUGUACGCUCGGGGUGAUACGUCGAACGUUACAAUCCCCGCACUCUUCACGUCUCAUACAACAGCCCACCUUCUUUCUUCUUUGAUGCCGUCGCACUCUGGCACAAGGAUUGGUUUCGGUGAUGCUUUGAAAUCAUUGCAAGCGAAAUUUGCUGGCCAGACGGACGUGGACUUGCCAGAAACCACAACGACCGCAAGCGCAACCCCUGCAUUCACACCAACCUCCACCAGUUCUUCUGUGGCAAAGGAGCAGUCUCCUCCUGCUUUGCAGCCCAGUGGCGGGUUCCUCCGCGCCCUCGGAUCUUUCUUCGGCUUAUGCAAUAGAACACGGCAAGCCCGAACCGCGAGCUCAAGGAGCUCAGGAGACUACGAUCAGCGCACCCGAGGCAAAGUUGAUUCCGGCAUGGGCAGCAACUCUGGCUUACCAACUGAUAAUACCGAUGGCGACGGAUUUGUCAUUGGUGUGCAAGAUUGGAGAGAUCCUGAUUUGAUGCCGGCACGAAGCAGCGCCCUCCCAACACCGAGUACUACCGCAACUGAAAAAGAUAGCGCUAAGACUGCUGCUAUAGACUUAGACGCAGCUUCCACUUCGAACAUAUUGCGCGGCGGCAGCAUCACCCCUAGUAGCGGUGAAUACCUCAGCAUCGACAAGUUUACUGGUACUGUUCGCGAUGCUGAUGUCGAGAAAUCUGAGAAAAUUAUCACCACCGCACACGGUACCUCUGAAGCCUCUGGAAAGGGUUGGUUCUCAAGCCAUUUUGGGUGGGGUGAUAUCGCGAAGCAAGAAGCAGGAUCGUCUUCUUCCUCUUCGCCUCAGAAGGUGUCAAGUCAAAAAUCGAGUUCCGCUCAUUCUUCGGAUUCUCCCCCGGCUCUGUUAUCCGAGCACGAAGGCCUCUGGGUUACUAUGACCCCCACAAGCAUGUCGACGAGCCCAUUCUUUGAUACGCUUUUGGUCCUUGUCAUCAGCCCACUCCUGACGCUUACGGUGGUCUAUGCACUUCUACUUCUUCGGUCUCGAAUUCGCCGGCGCCGUUGGCGCGCGCCUAAGUCUGUCAUUGAGCGCCUUCCUGUCCGCACAUACCACACGAUCUCGAAUACAUCGUCCUCUUCCAGCACACCUCGGCCUUCUAGCCCUGGAGCCGUCUCGCCUACUUCACCGCUUCUUGGUGAAAGCCGAUCCAGUACCUCUCGAUCCAACCGGUCGCGAUCUCAGACGAUUGCGGGAGUUCCACUCAGCUCCGCAUCCAGAGAAGAAAAAUCGACAACAAUGCAGUCCGGAUCGACUCUGUGGCGCCAAAAGUAUACUGGCAGACAAGUAGAAUGUGUUGUGUGUCUCGAGGAAUACGUUGACGGACAAAGCCGAGUGAUGAGUUUACCAUGUGGCCACGAGUUCCACGCGGAGUGUAUCACCCCUUGGCUUACUACUCGCCGAAGAACCUGCCCCAUCUGUAAGGGCGAUGUCGUCCGUUCAAUGGCUCAUUCUCAGGCUGCCGAUAUUACCAACCGAGAUGAGCACUCUAGAGACAGUGGCUAUGCUCAAGAACUGGAAGCACAAUCGGAAGCCUCAUCUUCACCUGUGCUUAUUCCCGUACAUGAUGGCGAUGCGUCAGACACUGAGCAGACCGUCGGGCUCCUUGAUGGCCAUCCGAGUUCUGCACCCCACUCAAGUUGGAGGAACCUUGCUUCGCUUAGCUUCUCUGCCCUCAGUGGCGACACUAUCUGGCAUCAGGCUCAUGCAGAUCGAAAUCGCUGA